AUGGCUGUAACAAAUGCAACCAGGUCUUCCAAUGUUGUUCUUGUGAUGGUGAUUGGUGCUCUUGGUCUCCUUAUUGGAUGGGUUAUAGAGCUGUCAACAAAGUAUAGGUCCCUUUCAUUUUCAGUUAGAUUCUCACUUGAUUUCUCUCAGAUUUUACAGGUGAUAAAGCGAUGGAUAUGUAAUCUUAUUGGAACACUUCUAAGACGGUACCACUGGCCUUUUGCAUUAGCUGGUUUUUCUGCACUGUCACUGGCAAUAUUAAGCCGGACACUUGAAACCAGCGAAAAUUACUGGUUUUGGCAUAGCUUUUGGCAUAUUUCAAUAUACACAUCUUCUUUCUUCUUCCUUUGUUCAAAAGCAAAUAUUGUGGAUAGUGAGAGUCAGCUACCUGAAAAUGGAAACUAUGAACUGACUCAUCAGGAUUCACUUCCAAGAGCUGGUUAG